AUGGCUACUCUUUUGUUACUUUUAAUACUUUCCAUAUUUUUAAUCUCCGCUUUACCUCAUUCUCUCAAUAAUCUCUCUCAUCAUCAUCAACAGGAAGAAUUGCUCUUGCAAUUCAAAGCUGCCGUCUCCAUCAACGGCACUUCUCUGCCCGACUGGACUCUCCUUAACCCUUUCUGCAACUGGACUGGAAUUAUUUGUCAUGCCUCUUCUCAAUCUGUCCGUACCAUCAAUUUAACUGUAAUGAGUUUAGACGGCACCAUCUCUCCUGUGCUGGGGAAUCUCUCCUCUCUUCGAUCCCUUGAUCUCUCCGGCAAUAGCCUCACUGGUACCAUUCCACCUCAACUCGGCCAACUCCUAAAUCUAUGGAUACUUCGGCUGAGCCACAAUCAACUACAAGGAACCAUCCCGCCUGUUCUCUCUGCUUGUCGCAGUUUGUAUUAUCUGGCACUCUCCUAUAACCAAUUGAACGGCAGCAUUCCGCCUGAUCUGAGCCUUCUCAGAAGUUUGAAGUACCUCUACUUGGGCGAAAACAGUCUCACGGGCACCAUUCCGCCAUCUUUCAAAAAUAUGUCCGCCUUAGUUCAGUUGGGGAUGGGCCGAAAUGAGCUCUACGGCCCCAUUCCUCCUGAAUUGGGAAUGGUUAUUUACUUAGAGCAGCUUAGUUUAUUGGGAAAUCAGCUUAGUGGAAACAUACCAAACUCCUUGGGAAAUUGUUCCCGUCUCCAAAUACUUAAUUUAGAUACAAAUCAACUCGGGGGAACGGUUCCAAUGGAGCUGGGUAGGUUGAACCUACUUAUCCGGCUUUCGCUACACUCCAAUCAACUUGUUACUGACAACAGUAACACGUUGGCCUUUCUCACUGCUCUCACAAAUUCCUCCAACUUGCAAGAAAUAGAAAUUGCACUCAAUCAUUUCACUGGUAUAUUGCCCCCAUCAGUAGGCCAACUGUCGUCCAAUCUUAAUCUCUUGAGUUUACAAGGCAACAUGAUAAGGGGAAGCAUACCACAUGAGAUUGUCAAUCUGACAAACUUAACUCAGUUAGAUUUAAGCAAUAAUCUUUUCAGUGGCAAUAUUCCAUCUGGAAUCAAACGAUUCCGGGAGAUGGAAAUAUUGCAAUUGAGUAGAAACAAAUUAGAAGGAAGCAUUCCAAGUGAGAUAGGCCAAAUGCAACGUCUGGGACUCUUAGAUCUUAGUGACAACAACUUAUCUGGAAAUAUACCAGAUUCCCUUUGUAGCUCCCAGCAGUUAAGACGUCUUUUUCUUAGUCACAACAAUUUAUCAGGGAAUAUCCCUGUUAGUAUGGAGGGAUGUCAGAAGUUGGAGCUCCUUGACUUGUCUUACAAUAAACUAGGGGGAAGGGUACCUCGUGAAGUCAUUGCCAGCCUUAAAAACCUGGCAUUCUACCUCAAUCUUUCAUGGAAUUCUCUUCAAGGGUCGCUGCCACAGGAGAUGAGUAAAAUUGUAAUGGCUCAAGCCAUUGAUGUAUCUGGAAAUCAACUUACUGGGGCUAUUCCGAAUUCUCUGGGAGACUGCACGGAAUUAGAGUACUUAAAUCUGUCCCACAACGUCUUUGGAGGACCGAUACCAGAAUCACUCUCCAAAUUAAAAAAUCUUCACGAAAUAGAUCUUUCUUUCAAUAAUUUGUCAGGGCAGAUUCCAGAAGUAGGGUUAUUUCCAAAUAGAACUGUUGUAGCAUUCUUUAUGGGAAACCAUGGCCUAUGCGGCCCAAAAAAUUAUUCAUUGCCUCCAUGCCCAAAUCAGACCCGUAAAAAACAUUCUCUGCUUAAAAUAAUAGUCUUCUCUGUUGUUGGAACCAUUGCAUUUGUAUUAUGCUGCUUCAUUAUAGGAAUUCUAUGGAGGCAUAAGCGUUCAAGGCAACUUAUCCGUCCCUCCAGCUUUAUUUUUCGAAGGCUCGGCUAUCAAAAGUUUUCUUAUGAAGAUCUUGUCAUUGCAACAGCUGGAUUUGAUGAGUCAAACUUGCUUGGAGUGGGUAACUUUGGAUCUGUCUACAAAGGCAUCUUGAGGGAUGGUCAGGUAAUUGCCAUCAAGACUCUUAAUUUGCAAAAUGAAGAAGCUCUUAAGAGUUUUAAGAGAGAGUGCAAAUUAUUAGGGAGGAUUCGGCACCGCAACCUCAUCAGAAUCAUGAGUGCAUUUUUCUACCCCGACUCCAAAGGUUUGGUUCUUGAAUUUGCAUCUAAUGGGAGCUUGGAAAAACAUUUGCAUCCUGACAGGGAUGGUCAAGGCUUUUGCAAAUUGGUGUUUAGUGAGUGUUUGAGCAUUGCUGUAGAUGUAGCCCACGGCAUGGAAUAUUUGCAUCAUGAUUGUCCUCUACAAAUUGUGCACUGUGAUUUAAAACCUAGCAAUGUGCUCUUGGAUGCCGACAUGACAGCCCUUGUCACUGAUUUUGGUAUAUCCCGAUUAACUAGUACAAAUUCCAUAGAUUCACUCAGUACAACAACAUUUGCACUCAAAGGAUCUAUUGGAUAUAUUGCUCCAGAGUAUGGAUUGGGUGGAAAUGUUUCUACAGAGGGAGAUGUUUAUAGUUAUGGAAUUCUGAUAUUAGAGAUGGUUACAAGGAAGAGGCCAAGUGAUGACAUGUUUGUGGGAGACCUGAGCUUGCACAAGUGGGUGAGAUCAGCUUUUCCAAACAGACUGGCAGAAAUUGUUGAUGGCGAGCUAUUGAGAGAUGUGAAUGAAAACAUGGAAGACAAGAAAUGUCUUAUUUCUUUCAUUCAAGUUGGUUUGCUUUGUAGUAGUGAAUCGCCAAGUGAACGACUUUCCAUGAGAGAUGUAGCCAAUGCCUUGGAGAGCCUCAAGACAUCUUUAAUGGGAGGUGCAGCUGCUUCUAAUUUAACAGCUACCAUAUCAGAACUCCUGGACAAUACCAAUCCCACAGGAACAUUGGCAUCCGACAGUGAAAGUUCUACAUUUUAG